UCGUCAACUUCACGAAUUGUUGCAUCCCAUGUUCCGUUUGCAGAUUUAUGUUCAACUCUAGAACGAAUACAGAAGAGUAAGGGGCGUGUCGAAAAAAUCAGGCAUUUCAAGGAAUUUUUAGAUUCGUGGAGGAAAUUUCAUGAUGCCCUUCAUAAAAACCAAAAAGAUGUCUCAGACUCUUUUUAUCCAGCAAUGCGACUCAUUCUACCUCAGCAAGAAAGAGAGAGAAUGGCCUAUGGAAUCAAAGAAACUAUGCUUGCAAAGCUUUAUAUUGAAUUGCUUAAUUUGCCUAAAGAAGGAAAAGAUGCCCUUAAGCUGUUAAAUUACAGAGCUCCUACUGGAACGCGGGGAGAUGCUGGAGACUUCGCCAUGAUAGCAUACUUUGUGUUGAAGCCAAGAUGUUUACAGAAAGGAAGUUUAUCCAUUCAACAAGUCAAUGACGUUUUAGACUCGGUUGCCAGCAAUAAUUCUGCCAGAAAAAAGAACCUCGUAAAGAAGAGUCUCCUUCAGUUCAUCACUCAGAGCUCAGCACUUGAACAAAAAUGGUUCAUACGAAUGAUUAUAAAGGACUUGCAUCUCGGUGUUAGUGAGCACACAAUACUUUCUGCUUUUCAUAACGAUGCCAAUGAGUUGCAUAAUGUCACUACGGAUCUGGAGAAAGUCUGUAGGCAAUUGCAUGACCCUUCGGUGGGACUCAGUGAUAUUUCAAUCACUUUAUUUUCGCCCUUUAAGCCCAUGCUAGCUAGUAUCGCAAAUAUUCAGCGUGUUGAGAAGGACAUGAAACACCAGGGUUUCUACAUCGAGACCAAGCUGGAUGGUGAACGAAUGCAAAUGCAUAGGGAUGGGGACGUAUAUAAAUUCUUCUCCCGAAAUGGGUAUGACUAUACUGAACAGUUUGGUGAUUCUCCACAAAGUGGUUCUUUGACACCAUUCAUUCACAGUGCUUUUGGUACGAAUAUACAAAACUGUAUCCUUGAUGGCGAGAUGAUGGCCUAUAAUCCCACUACUCAAAGUUUUAUGCAAAAGGGAAAUAAGUUCGAUAUUAAAAGAAUGGUAGAGGACUCUGACCUGCUUACGUGUUAUUGUGUUUUUGACGUGUUAAUGAUUAAUAAUAAAAAGCUAGGACAUGAGACAUUGAACAAGAGAUAUGAAAUUCUUAAUAAUAUUUUCACACCAAUACCAGGUAGAAUAGAAAUCGUGCAGAAAACACAAGCUCAUACUAAGAAAGACGUAGUCGAUGCUCUAAAUGAAGCCAUAGAUAAAAGAGAAGAGGGGAUCAUGAUAAAAUAUCCUUUGUCCAUUUACAAGCCAGACAAAAGAGGUGAAGGAUGGUUAAAAAUUAAACCAGAGUAUGUGAGUGGUCUCAUGGAUGAACUGGACAUCUUAAUUGUUGGAGGCUAUUGGGGUAAAGGGUCCCGGGGUGGAAUGAUGUCUCAUUUUUUGUGUGCAGUAGCAGAGAAGCCCCCAAAAGGUGGAAAACCGUCUGUAUUUCACACAUUGUGUCGUGUUGGCUCAGGUUAUACCAUGAAAGAACUAUAUGACUUGGGUUUGAAACUGGCCAAACAUUGGAAGCCUUUUCAUAAAAAAGCUCCACCAAGUAGCAUUUUAUGUGGAACUGAGAAGCCAGAAGUGUACAUUGAACCCUGUAAUUCUGUCAUUGUUCAGAUUAAGGCAGCAGAGAUUGUCCCCAGUGAUAUGUAUAGAACGGGCUGCACCUUGCGCUUUCCACGCAUUGAGCAGAUAAGAGAAGACAAAGAGUGGCACAACUGCAUGACUCUGGAUGACUUAGAGCAACUGAGAGGCAAAGCCUAUGGGAAGCUUGCAACCAGGCACCUGGAUGUGGAUGGUGAUGACGAGCCCCAACAGAAGAAGCGCAAGGCUGCUGCCCCAAAGAUCAAGAAAGUUAUUGGAAUUAUUGAACACUUUAAAGCACCUAAUCUUUCUAACAUAAACAAAGUUUCUAAUGUAUUUGAAGAUAUGGAGUUCUGUGUGAUGAGUGGAACAGACAGCCAUUCAAAGUCUGAUCUGGAAAGCAGAAUUUCAGAAUUUGGUGGUUACAUAGUCCAAAAUCCAGGCCCAGACACAGCCUGCAUAAUUGCAGGCUCUGAGAACAUCAGAGUGAGAAAUAUCAUUUCUACAAACAAACACGAUGUUGUGAAGCCUGACUGGCUUUUAGAGUGUUUUAAGACUAAAAGCUGUGUGCCCUGGCAGCCUUGCUUUAUGGUCCAUGUGUGCCCUUCAACAAAACAGCAGUUUGCUCUUGAAUAUGAUUGCUAUGGUGACAGCUAUUUUGUUGAUACAGAUUUGAACCAACUGAAGGAGGUGUUCUCCAGGAUUAAAUGUUCUAACGAACAGACUUCUGAAGAAAUGACUUCUGUGAUUGCUGAUUUAGAAUAUCGCUAUUCCUGGGACAGCUCUCCUCUCAGUAUGUUUCGACACUACACAUUUUACUUGGACCUGUAUGCUGUUAUUAAUGACUUGAGCACCCAAAUCAAGGAAACACGAUUAGCUGUGAAAGCCUUGGAGCUUAGAUUUCAUGGGGCAACAGUAGUUUCUUGUUUAGCGGAAGGGGUUUCUCAUGUCAUCAUUGGGGAGGAUCAUAGCCGUGUUGCAAAGUUAAAAGCUUUUCGGAGAGCUCUUAAAAGAAAGUUUAAGAUCUUACAAGCUGCUUGGAUAACUGAUUCAAUAGACAGGUGUGAGUUACAGGAGGAAAAUCAGUAUUUGAUUUAA